CCCUCCAUUUUUAUUGGGGUUACUGACGGGGACUGGGUGGAGGGGCCGGAUUGCUAUAGAAACAGUGACAAAACAAACUGGUCCCAGAGCAAGAGAGACAAAAACAUGCUUCAAAUCCGGGAUGAAAUCUCUGUAUCGAUCUCUGCAAUUUAGUUAGAAGAUACAGUGUGCCAAAGGAGGAGGAAGACUUAUGUGAAAGGAUGGAUGUAGCUUCAACUGGGUAGAAGAAAAGGCAAGAAGACGUACUGGAGCAGUAUAAAAGCACUCGAUUCUUUCAAGUGGGACGUUUGGAGCAGAACUCGGUUGUUUAUUGCUCGACUGGAUAUCACGAUGAACUCCGACACUCCGUAUGAGGAUUCGGUGUCCAUCAUGGUUCUGGAGAACAUCAAGAACAAGCUGUUACAUGCUUUCAGAACAUCAGCCGAACCGAGAACCUCUGCCGAGACAGCUGUUCAUCCAGUCGGAAAGAGUUUGCAAGUAAACGAAGAGCUCCGGAGAGCCAAAAUAGACGGAGCCAUAACUUGGUUAAGAUCAGAACUGCUGGAGAUGCGCUCUCAGGACCGUCAGCUGGCUCAGACUCUGCUGGGACUCAAUAAAGAGAUUCAGAGGCUCAGACGGGAGAACGGAUCUCUGCUCCUGGACACUGACAGCACUGAGCACCUGUGACCCCACAGAGCAGAACAGAGCAGGGCUUAAUGAGAGAACAAUGCCCCGGUGAGCAGCUGCGUCUAGAGGAGUGGAACACAAAUAACUCUCCUGUCCUGGAGUGCACUUUGCUAGCACUUUCUUAAAAUGUCUUGUUGGAAAAAAUAUUGAAAGCAUGCUCAUAUAUGUGAAAACUUGACCAAAUAUCAGUCAAACUGGGUGCUGAGAUUUGUGCUCAAAACUACAUAUACAUCCCUUUACACCUGGCAUUAACAUACUUUUUGAUCAAAUCAUGAUUGGAAAGCACUUGAGCACAGGUGUAAAUGCAUCCAAGACACCUUGUAAUCAUAAAACCACAUCAGUCCAGGAUGGAUCCUAAUCCCUGACUUUACAAGAUUUCAAUGGGAUGGUCAGAUGGGAGAAGCGUUGGAAUUACAAUGCAGUUAAAAAUACCCUAUUAACAAUAUAUAAUACUAAUUCAGAUACAAAACAUGCUAAUACCAGAAAAAAGGGAACUAGCCUUAAGAAGGUUAGUUGAGAUUUGAAUGCUUGACAUAGAUACAAUUUCUAUGAUUUGUCUAUAGAAGAUGUAACUCCUAUCUGUUUUUACUACUAAUUAGAUUGUGUGGUCAUCUGCUGUAUGACUGGUAAACCAAGUGUUGAUAUUUGUAUAGCUUUGAACAUGGAAUUAUUAGCAGAGCAUAUGCUGUGGGUGCAAAAACGUAUCAUAUCAACAUAUCAAACUCUUUAUUGCAACAUAAAAUGAUGAAUCUCAACAUUUAUCCAGUUUGUAG